UCUGUGGCCUUUUCGCACGACUCGACGCUCGUCGCAUCUACGUAUGAUGAUGGAACUGUUUGCAUUUGGAACACUGAUAAUACGAAGCAACGUAUACAAACAUGCAACGGCUAUAUCGGUUUUAUGUCAUCGGUUGCCUUUUCACACGAUUUAACAUGUUUAGCAUCUGCUUCACGGAGUGGCGCAAUAGGCAUAUGGGACGUCAUGGAGCAAGAUCAGAAGCUACCGUUGAUCGAUUCAGCUACGGUAGACAAACAUGUUAGUCCUGUUGAUAAAAUCACCUUCUCUCACGAUGCAUCCCUGGUUGCAUCUACAAGCCUUAAUGACAAUACGCUGAUGGUAUGGAGUGCGACGACUGGACACUGUAUACAAAGCCUGAAAUGUCCGGGAGAUGUUAUAGAGAAUGUCUCGUUCUCGCAUGACUGCUCACUUGUAGCAUCAGUCUGCCAUGGCUCAGUUCCAAUGGAGGGACAAGCUUGCAUCUGGAAAAUUGAUACAGGCGUUUGUAUUUCUCAUUUUCCUACUUCAACUGAAUAUCAGGCACUAAGGACUUUCUCCCACGACUUGGAAUUUCUUGCCACUUCCACUGGAGAGACGGUUGACUUGUGGCACGUGAGGAGGGGUAUCUCUGCAUCCGCUCCUUUAAAGAAGAUUUGGCGAUCGACAUGA